AUGGCGGUGGCGGCGGCGGCGGCGGCUCGUGCGCCGCUGGUGGCGCUGGGAGCGCGAAUGGGGUCUCGGCGGGCGCCGGCGCCUCUGCUACUGCUGCGGCGGCGCUGGUACCGCUCCGAGAGGGGGGUCUACGGCUACAAGCCGAGCCGCAAGGCGGAGAGCGGAGCCGCCGACGGCACGGAGCCGCGCGAUUCCCGCAGCAGAGCAGGUCGGCGGGCGGGCGGGGGGAGGCGGGGAGACCGUGCGUUGCUAUUGGGGGGGGGGGCUGGAGAAGAAGAAGAGCUUUGCCUGCAGGCAUCCUGAGCCCAUCCCGAUCCACUCCGCGAGGGGUCCCGGGGGGAGCGCGCGGCAGGGCAGCCUUCAAAUGCCCUCACCUGAGAGCAAGGUCCUCUGGGCACACGGGGACUUGCUCUCAGUACGGAGUAGAUCUGUACAGGAGCAGACUGUUGAAAGUGGUUUGUCAUCAGGCGGCUUGUGCCACACUUGAUAUGCCUGCCUUUUAGUCAAAAGCAUCUUUUUUCAUGGUUUCGGGACGACCCCCUCUUUCCUCUGUCCCCAAAGUGCGUGUCUAUGCAUGUCUGCUCAUUAGUAAACCCCACUGAGUUUGCAGCAGUUAUGCUGUGUAAGCUGCGUACACCAAAAGGUGGCCUGCAUAUAAUUUUACAAGUAAAGAUAUGUAAAUAAAAUAGAGUUUACCCUCCAGGUGAGUGAGUAUAGGAAUGCGGUAAUAACACACGGAUCUUUAAAAGGGUUACAUGGAAGCAAAUCCAAUUGAUUACAAUAGUUUUUCCACACUUUCCAGUAAGUAUGGGUAGGACUGUGUGCAAAGCUGGUCUUGGAAUUUUUCCAGCAUUCCUGCUAUGAUGUAACAAGACCUUUUCCUCUCUUGCCAGUUCCCACACCCGCUCCCUACACAGCACACUGUCUUUUCUUAAGCUCUGCUCCACUUGUAUUCUGUAGCUGCCUCUUUCCACCCUCCCCUGACCAGUUGUUCCGCAGGGGAGCAUGCACAGUAGUACCUCAGGUUAAGUACUUAAUUUGUUCUGGAGGUCCGUUCUUAACCUGAAACUGCCCUUAACCUGAAGCACCACUUUAGCUAAUGGGGCCUCCCGCUGCCGCUGCACCUCCGCCUUGCGAUUUCUGUUCUCAUCCUGAAGCAAAGUUCUUAACCCGAAGUAAUAUGUCUGGGUUAGCGGAGUCUGUAACCUGAAGCGUAUGUAACCCGAGGUACCACUGUAUGUAUCUUGUGCAUGAAGAUGCACAAACCGAUCAGUGAAGGGAUACUAAUUCUGCCCAGGCUUUCGAAUAGGAACAGAACCAAAAUGAUAUCCUUGGAUUGUGGGGUGGGGGAUUCUUCAACAUUAUUACUGAUACAGCGGGGGGGGGGGAGAGACUUUAUAAGCAAGCUUUUGGUGUUAUUUUUCUCAAUGCAUACCAAGUGUUCUUUGUUACUUACUUCUUUUAAAAAAUAGAAGUAAGAUAAGACAAGACAUCUCCAAACUUCCAAAAACUAUGCAGAGGAAACAGCUUUAGAACAAAGCAGUGGAUGGGCAGCCACUUGCACUAUAAGAUCAAUGAUGAGUCCUCUGAGGAGGAGAAAUUCAAUUAAUCUAAUAUUUGCUAAGUUUCAAACCCUUCCAUGAUCUUGUAUCUCACCCCACAGUGUGAGAACCAGGGUGCUAUAUAGAACACAGAUUAACUUGAAAACAAAACUUUGAAACUCAUGGCAUUUUUUACUCUUAUGGAAUGUUAUUGGCAAUAAUUAAACAUUGUGGGCAAACAACGGGUUUAGUCUAGUCUACCAGGCUUUUUCAGAUCUAUGAAAAACCACAAUGGAACAUCAUCUGGUGAUUUGGGGUGAAGUGCUCAUGGUAGCAGCUCUUUUUCUCCUUUCAACAAAGCCAGAUGAAGUGAUGGAAGUUCUGAACAGAUGUUUAGUAGAAGUCUGGGACUGAAUGAGAAUUCAUAAACUGGACGACAAGACAGAGAUGUUAAUAGUAGGGAGCCUGAUUUGGGAGUUCAUGCUUCCCUGGUUCUGCAUGAGGUCAUACCAGCCUUGUAAAUAAUCCCAUCAGGAGUACCAACUUGAAUAAAAUAUUGGGGGGGGCACAUAAUUCCCACCCUGCAUAAUUGAUCACAUGACACGGCUGGCUCCCUCAAAUACUUUGGGGGCUGAAGGGACCUCAGCUCCUCGGAGUUGACUCCUAUGAAAUCCAUAAAGGUUAAUAGCCUGGAAAAACCCAAGAAACCCAAAAGUAGUGCUCUGUUUUCAUGCUCAUCAUGGAGAAAACGGUUGCUCUGCUGCAAUCAUUGAACUACAGGUUAUUAACCUCUUAGCAGGCUAUGAUUAAAUACAAAGCUGGGGCAUGGCCUCCAGAGGGAUCAGGUGCUGCUGGACCCUGUGUUGCUCCUGGAUUCUUAGGCUGUGGCUGAUUCAUCAGCCAGGACCUCUCCUAGAAAAGGACAAUCUGCCAACUGUUAUUCAAUACUUAAUUACCACCAAGGUCUGCUACUGGUAAUGAGCUCUAUAAGGGGAGACUCCUUUGGAUUCUUCCCAGAAACAUACAAAUGUGGCUGCUUGGUUAACCUUAAACUAGCUAACAGUGAUUGCCCAAAAGUGAGCUACAUUGCUGACAGGGACCUGCAGUCAGUGGCUUGUUGUACAUCUAAGCAUUUCCAUAGGCUCACAGAGCUUCCUUAUGUGUAGGUAGGAGAGUACACGUAGUAGAGCUUUCCUGACAGCUCAAGGCAUGCAUCCUUUUGAAUGCACAUAGCGCUUAUUGAAGUGCAUGAGAGAGACUGCUCAGAUGGAAUUCCAUGGGUGCAUUAGAGAAUCCACAGAGCUCAGUGCAGGGAGACAGGAAUUUUUCUUCGAAGCUUUCAAAACAAAAUACACUCACAUUUUUAGCCAGUAGUUUGGCUAAAAUUGGCUUUCCAACUUAAUUUUUCAACCAAUUAUAAUAAUUGGUAUCUUUGCACACUGCUAAAAAAUAGUCUCUGUUCUCUUGUUUUUAGUAGACCAUGGACUGGCUCGCUUGGUGACAGCAUACUAUGAACAUGGCCACAAAGCUGCCAAAAUCAACCCUCUAUUUACUGGCCAAGCUGUGAUGGAUAUGGUACCUGAAAUCCAAGUUUUGACUGAAGUUCUUCAAGGACCUUUCAAUACUUCAGGUAGGAAAGAAAAACGACUUUCAUGCCGGAACGGUGAAGUACACCCCCCCCCCCCCCGUGGUAAGUGGUUGGUUAGGUAGCAGUCAAGGAAAUAGUACAUUGGGUGGUUUUGUUAAUACAGUAGACCCGCAGCUUACACAGGGAUUACCUUCUGGGAAUAGUGCAUAAAGUCAAAAUUGCAUAUAGCCAACACAAAUUGGGUGCAGUGGUGGGAUUGCCAAAGCCUUUUUCCAUGGAUGCCUACCUCUUUUAUCAUUUUAAAAACAAUUUUUACCAAGCGUGCACAAGUUAAAUGUGUGUAAGUUGCAAGUCUCCUGUAUAAUAUUUGAGAAUUGUGGAUCUGUUACACUGCAGCAGUAACUUCAGAAUGAACACCUAUGAGUUAUUUUCUAAAGGGAAGAAAAAGAGAAGUUGUCUUAUUGAAGGACCACUUGGCAGAAGAGCAUCUUAGAGCUUGAUGCUCAGUGUUAUUAAUGUAUCAAUAUAAUCUAUCAGACAAUAUUUUAUUCCAGGACUUUUGAACAUGAGAAAGGAGGAGGCAUCCCUAGAGGAUAUAUUGUCUUACCUGGGCCACAUAUACUGUGAACAUAUGUCUAUAGAGACCAGUCAGCUGUCAAGCUUGCAAGAAAGAGAAUGGAUUGCUAAACGGUUUGAGGAGCUGAAACAAGAAGCAUUCACUACUGAAGAGAAAAAGUAUUUGUCCAAGCUCAUGCUAGAAUCUCAGGUGCAUUGUAUAAGUAUGUGUGUGCAUAUAGUGUAAGAAAAAGAAUGAGAAUGAAAUUAUUUCUAGGGGUAAAAAGUAGCACCUUAAUUAAAGGAUUCUUGAUUCAUUUCUCAAUAUGAAUAAAGUGCUCAACUGGUGGAUUAGAAUACAGUACCAUAAUAUUUUAACAGAACUGAUAAUUUGAGGAUUUUUCUGGCAAAUGAUUUAUUUCAUUAUUUGCAUUACAGGCAUAGUAGUUUUUAAAUAAUAAUAAUAAUAAUAAUAAUUUUUAUUAUUUAAUAUUUAUAUAUUAUUAUGAGUUUUGAUAGCCUUGUUCUGCAGCAUUUUGUGAUUCCUAACAGAAACUAAAGUACUUUUAAGUUAGUAGUUGCAUUGAUUUUGAAAUCUUAACUGCAAGGGGAAAUUUUUCCCGUUUGAUUUGCGCAAAUGGGCUUUUCGGGCAGAGAAAUGGAAAGGCUUACAUCUAUGGAACAGAGAAAAUACAGGUUACAUUCCAAAGCCCCGUAAAUUGCGUAUAAUCGAGCACCCAUUUAAAAAGCCUGCAAACACCCUAUUCUGCCCCUUUUUCUGACGUGUUUUGAUAUUUUCAGGUAACUUUCAGGUUCAGACGCACGUAAAAUGGUUGCUGCCUGUAGUGCAUUUUGAUCCUAGUCUUAUCACAAGAGUGCAAAUGAUAAGCUAUACAAGCCCCUGGUGUGUAUUUUUUGAAAAAGAAGGUGGAGUCAUGUUGCCCCACUGCAUGUUGGGCUUAUCAAUGUUGCUGAGUAGGCCCAAAUUCCAGGAGGCAAUGGAUGACAUUGCAUAAAAAACUCCUAGUGCUAAAUUUUGAGUGUGAGUUUUUAGUAGAUUUACUAGUGUAAUUAACUACUGCUAGACCAGUGUAUAUAUGUAUAACAUUUGUUGUUGUUUAGCCGUUUAGUCGUGUCUGACUUUUUGUGAUCCCAUGGACCAGAGCAUGCCAGGCACUCCUGUCUUCCACUGCUUCCCGCAGUUUGGUCAAACUCACGCUGGUAGCUUCGAGAACACUGUCCCACCAUCUCGUCCUCUGUCAUCCCCUUCUCCUUGUGCCAUCAAUCUUUCCCAACAUCAGGAUGUUUUCCAGGGAGUCUUCUCUUCUUAUGAGGUGGCCAACGUAUUGGAGCCUCAGCUUCAGGAUCUGUCCUUUCAGUGAGCACUCAGGGCUGACAACAAAGACUUGUUUGACAAGUAGUUCUGUCAAAAUGCUUAUUUCCCCAUAGUGAUUUUUGAAUAUGCUGACAGUACUGAUCUGUGGGAUCCUUACUGCAAAUACAAUAUAUUGUUUUGUGAUGCCCCAACUUUCUGUAACAGACUGUGUUUUAAACCAAAUUUGUCUAACCAAACUGAAAUAGGCCAUUUGAGUAUUCAUGAAGGAAGCAAAUAAACAAUUUUGUUCAGUUUUCUUGAUGUAUAUUUUUAUAGCUAUGACCUGGUGGAAAGGUAACAUUCUAUAACCUCUUAUCUACAGUUAGUGGAUUACACAUUUGAUUACUGUGGGUUUGCACCCACAGGGUUUGCACAAACUGUGGGUUUGCACCCCAUGGGUUUGCACAAACUUUCCACCUCCCUCAGCGCCUCUCUGUCUAACGAGGAUUGCCUUCACAAUUUGACCCGUGUUUCAAAAUGCAUUUGCAAGCCGUAGUUGGUUAGCAAGGCAAUCCUGGUUUGCAUUAAUCAUGGUUAGCAGUGAUGGCAGAUGUAAUGCUUCUUAGCAAUCUCACCAAAUCGUAGUGAGAAGAUCGCAGAUGUUAUAUCUAUACCAAGCCUGAAUCCCUAUCAAAGAUACAUUCUUCUAAAUAUGUAAAUAUAUAAUCACCAUUCACAUUUUCCAGGAAUUUGAUCAUUUUUUGGCUACAAAGUUUGCCACAGUGAAAAGAUAUGGUGGUGAAGGAGCAGAGAGCAUGAUGGGUUUCUUUCAUGAAUUGUUAAAGAUGUGCUCAUACAGUGGGGUGACAGACAUCGUACUUGGAAUGCCUCAUCGAGGCAGACUUAAUCUCCUCACCGGCCUUCUUCAGUUUCCACCUGAGGUGAGUGGGUUUUUUUCUUAGGUGUGACUAAUUUUGAUUUGAAAAUACACAUUUCCAUAAAAUUGGUGGCAAAAGCUGCAAUGAUACUAGAUUCUUUGGGGUCGCCCUCUUAGACAUGUUUCGAAUUUCUUUUGACAACCCAAAUGUAACAGUAACAAAUAUCUUAACACAAAACGAUGCAUUAUUUAACUUGAUGUGGAAAAGUCAUGUGGAAAUGCUGAAACCUUGACCAAAAAGCUUCAUUUACUUUAAUUUGUUAAAUGUAUCUACCUCCCUUCCUCCAAAAGGAAUUUGAGGUGACAAUUCCAAAUAACCCACAAGAUGAAACAUCUGUGAGAAAUAUUUCUGCCAUGUACUCUCCUUGACAUUCCUUGUCAAAAACAUACUUGAUACUUUCACCAUUCAGACUGCUUUACAUAUGUUGCAAGUUCAGAGGAUUUUCACCAAAACUGUAAAACAGUUUAGUUACUCUGUGUUCCAACUGAAUGUUAAAUAGAACUAGUAGCAAAUACAGUAUUCACAAUUGUCUUUGUGACACAGGCCCCUAAACUCUAGCUGAAACAUAAUGGCUGCCUCACAAUGGCAACUUCAAAUGCUUCUACAUAGCCAUGGUUUUGUACGGAGGUCAAACUAUUUGUCCCCCCAGUCCAGUGUUGCAUCUUCUGAUAAGCAAAGGCCUUUCCCAUCAUGGUAGCAGAUAUUUUAAAUUGUAGACACCUGGUGUGGAAUCUGGGACCUGUGCGACUGCGCACAACAUGUGCUCUGAUAUGCGUUUGGUACCUGAAGGCCUAAUCCUGAAAGAGACUGCAUGUGAAUGCAGCAUAUGCAGAGCCAAUAUGGAUAGAACAAUGGAGCGAGUGGCUUCUAGGGAAUCUUGGAUUCAAACCCCCAUUCAGCUGUGCUUUUGGGAUGGUCUCACUCUCUUAGGCUAACCUUCAAAGGGAUUGUUAUGAAGUGUAAAUGGGACAACCCAUGUAUGAAGCUCAGAGUUCCUUGAAGAAAGUGAGGGCAUAAACAGUAUUAGGUCCAUUGGAGCCAACUCAUGGGGACCAAGGUCCCUUUGCCCCCAAUAAAAUAUUUGAGGGGGCCUGGCCUCCUCUUGUGAUCAGUUGUGCUGCAUGGGGCUUACCUCCUCCCCAUAUUUUAUUCAAGUUGGCAGGGUGGGCUGCAGUAGAAGGAGGGCUGAGAUUAUUAUUUUGAGACCUGAAUCUAGCAGGGGGAAGACCCGGGUCAUUGCUCCAAAAGUUUGGGAACCCCUGUAAUAGAUGACUGCUUUUGUUCAUCAACAUACUCUGCAAAUGUGUUUGAAACUUCAUAUUCAUCUCCUCCUGUGAAGCUGAUGUUCCGUAAAAUGCGAGGCUUGAGUGAAUUUCCAGACGACUCACCAGCAAUUGGAGAUGUCCUAUCUCACCUGACUGCUUCAGUGGAUCUUGAUUUCGGGUCUCACCGACCUAUUCAUGUCAUCCUGUUGCCAAACCCUUCCCAUCUAGAAGCCAUUAACCCUGUGGCAGUUGGCAAAGCAAGGGGGAGGCAGCAGUCUCUGCUCGAUGGGGACUACUCUCUGGACAGUUCUGCACAGCCUGGAGACAAAGUCAUCUGCCUGCAGGUAUUUUGACAGCCAGUGAGCAGGGUUCUGGAGGGGGUAUCUUAACAUUUCAGACAACUUGAUGUGAUGUAAUGAUAUAGAUAGGACUAAUUCUCUGGUCACAGGAAAUAGCCUGCAGACAUAUAGAUCUGUUGUAUUGUCAAAGCUGAGCAGGGCACAGACUGAUCAGUGCCUGGAAGAGAGGUUAAGAGCAUGCUAUUGGUUUAAUUAAAUCAGUGACAACAUUUUACUUAGAAUUCAAGUUCAAAAAAUAUGGAAGGCCUGUGCCUUCUCUAGCAAGUUCCAGAUUGAAAGUAGUGGCACUCUGCGCAGGGGUUUGGAAUGUGGUGCUUCCUUGAUUUCCUGGCAGAUGAGUUGCUGCUGCUUCCUGGGAGCCAGCAUGGAAGGGGCUGGUGCAUUUGCACAGUGCCAACCACCCUACCGCCCUGCCCCUCCCACUCUCCCAGUAAAUAGCAGCAGUGCUUUGCUGGGAGGUCAAGUAAGUGCUGCCACCUCACCCCAUCCUCUGCCACUUUUGGAAAGCUACGCUAAACUUCCGAACUAAAGAUUAUAGCUGAAACAUUUUAAUCCCUCCCCUGAACAAAUAAGUCCCCUCAAAGAACUGUCAGUGGUUUCUGACAUAAUGUCAGGGAGGAGUUAGAAGUUUCCAGUUUCUCAGAGGGAGAAAGCAUUCCCCAAGGGGGGAGGGAGAGCAGUGAAUCUAAUAGAAGGGAGCAAGAGGAACAACAGGAAGGGACCGGCUGUUCACAGGAAAGGCAAGGGUUCAGUUCUAGCUCAGAUUGGGAGGAGGGGAGAUACAGGCCAGCUCUAGCCAGGAGGGUAGGAAAAAGAGCGGGAAAACGAAGGGAAAGGCGCCUUCGCCAUUUUGAGGGUGGCUGGUCAUGGAGAAGCAGAGCUCAGAAGGUAUCUGAAAUAAGUGACUCUGAGGAAUAAUAGUUAAGAACCGUUUAUAAGAAUGUUUUGUUAAUACGCAAUAAAAAGUUAUAAAAGAACAAGAAGCGUUUGUGUGGUGAUCUGAAGAGGACAACAACCAGUCCUGACAGAAUACCUUCUGCUCUGCGCCUCUUCACUAUAAGUAAAGAAGGAGAAGCCAAAAUGGAGGGAGCUGUGGCGCCAGUUGGGCAAGGAGAAACCCCAGCGCUCCAGCUAACAUUACAGGACUUAUGGCAACAGAACUUACAGUUGAAAAGUCAAGUCGACGUACUAUCGGCAGCAUUGGGAGAACAUAGAACCAUGUUGCAAGCGACGCGGGGAGACAGAGUGAGUAAAACAUUUACUGUACGUCCACGUAGCUUCAAGGGAGAAAGCUCUGAAUACAUGGCUUUCAAGACAGAAAUUUCUUACAUAAUUGAGAUAAAGGAUAAAGAAUUUCAAUCUGAGCAAGAGAAGGUUGCUUAUGUGAUUAAUUUCUUGGAAGGGAGGGCUAAGGACUGUGUUAUACCCCUAAUAUCUCAAAGGGAUGCCGCCCUAGGAAAUCUACAAAUGUUUCUGCAGUAUCUAGACACGAUUUUCUUAGACCCUGCGCAUGAAAUAACCACAGCUAGGCAGCUGUUGAGAAUGAGACAAGGAAAAGACACUGUGGGAGUUUAUUGGUCCAACUUUAGUUUGCUGGUGCAGAAAUUAAAAUGGGAUCUGAAUUCCCCAACAGUUGCAGCCCUUUUUAGGGAAGGACUGAAUAAUGAGAUUUUAGAGCAAUUGGCCCAAAUGCCAGAACCUAGUUCCUUGGACUCUCUGGUCCGAACGUGCCUGCAAUUGAGCCUACGCAUAGAACGGAGGGCUAGUGAAAAGAAGGAACAAUGGAGACCGCGAUGGCGGGAAAACAAUAUUGAAAGUACAGAAAGCAGAAUGGGCAACGUGCCAGGACGAGAGCGGCCAGAGCCCAUGGAAUUAGGGGCAGCCAGACCCCUCCCAGUUACUACCUCUUCCAUGGUAAGAGGAAAUGCAGGGAGAGGAAGAGACACGAGGCGUUGCUUUGUCUGUGGAAAACCAGGGCAUCUAGCACGACAAUGUCGCAAUCGUAAAGGAUGGGAGUCUCUAUCUGGAGCAGACAUGGGAGAAGACAAUUGCCCGAAGGAACUGCAUCAGGGAAACGAAUGUCCCUGGCUGGAAAUGGGAGCUUGCAGCCGGGUGGAGGAGCAAUAGAAGGCUCUCACGCGGGACCACCUGUCCCAGGACUAACAGUGAAGGUGCAACUACAGCUACCCAAUGGACAUAGGGUCCAGGUAGAGGCGCUGUUAGACUCAGGAGAGUCAGCAGAUUUCAUAGACCAGAAAUUGGUACAGGAACACAAAAUUGCUUUGUUACCUUUGAAUUUCCCACUACGAGUGAAAACAAUCGACGGCAGACCGCUACUGUCAGGAGAAGUGACUUACGAGACUCCACCAAUGAGAAUGGAUAUGAGUCAUCACUCAGAGACCAGGGCAUUUCAUGUGACCAAACUAGCUGGGCACCCGAUAGUCCUGGGCAUGAGUUGGCUCAAUCGUCACAAUCCAGUGAUUGCCUGGCAUCAAAGGUCUUUGGUUUUUGGUUCGAUCUAUUGUAUGACACAUUGUUUGGGGCAAAAGGGGAAAAUCUCGGUGGAAGUAAUGGGAACAGAGGUGGAAGGGAAGUUGAUGGGGAAUGAAAGUGAGAUUCCGUCACAAUAUAUUGCUUAUCGGGAUGUUUUUUGUGAAAAAGAAGCGGAUAAACUUCCACCACAUAGGCCCUAUGAUUGCAAGAUAGAUCUAGUCCCUGGGGCACAGUUGCCACCAAGCAAGAUAUAUGCCAUGUCAGAAGUAGAAUCUGCAGCAUUGAGGGAGUUCCUGCAAAAGAAUUUGCAGAGAGGUUUUAUUAGAGAGUCCACGGCCUCGGGGGGUGCUCCCGUCUUUUUUGUUAAAAAGAAAGGGGAGGAAGGGGCACCGAGAUUAGUAUGUGACUUCAGAAUCCUUAAUAGCCAAAUGAAGCCUCGCGUGUGCCCACUCCCACGUAUAGAUGACCUCUUAGAGAGAGUAAGGUCAGCCAAAGUCUUUACCAAGCUUGAUCUACGAGGAGCAUAUAAUCUGAUAAAGGUCAGAGAAGGGGAUGAGUGGAAAACCAGUUUUUGUACUAAGUACGGUGCAUUUGAAUUCUUGGUAAUGCCUUUUGGCUUGCAAAAUGGCUCAGGGGUAUUUCAAACCUUCAUCAAUCACAUCUUGGCAGGUAUACUGGAUCAGUUCUGUGUCUCUUAUUUAGAUGACCUCUUAAUAUAUAGUGAAAGUAUGGAAGAACAUGUAAAACAUGUCACGCAGGUGUUAGAGAGAUUGAGGACCAACAGGUUAUAUGUGAAGUUAGAGAAGUGUAAGUUCCACACACAAAAGGUGGAGUUCCUGGGAUAUUGCAUUUCCCACAAAGGGGUGCACAUGGACCCCAGUAAAGUUCAGGCAGUGGUGGAGUGGGAGGCACCUAAAACUAAGAAAGAUCUACAGAGGUUUUUAGGAUUUGCUAAUUUCUACCGUAAAUUCAUAGGUAAUUACUCCAAAAUCACAACACCACUGACUGAUUGUCUAAGAGGCAAGGGGACAUUCAGAUGGUCUGAGGAAGCACAGAAGGCCUUUGAUAAAUUAAAGGCGGUGUUUGCUUCAGAAAAAUAUCUUAUGCAUCUAGAUCCAAGUAAACGUAUGAAGGUAGAAACUGAUGCCUCUGAUAGGGCUAUUGGGGCCAUUCUGCUGCAACAGGACAAGGAAGGGGACUGGAGACCCUGUGCAUUCUACUCUAGAAAAUUAAAUCAAUCAGAACAAAACUACACCAUAUUUGAUAAGGAACUUUUAGCUGUGCAUGCUGCCUUUAAAGUGUGGAGACAUUUUUUGGAAGGGGCGUCACAUCAGGUGGUGGUACAAACAGAUCAUAAGAAUUUAGAGUAUUGGAGAACUGCUAGACAGCUAAACCAAAGGCAAAUUAGGUGGGCGGAAUUUUUUGCUGGGUUUAAUUUUAGGAUUGAGUACAUACCUGGGCAUCAAAACGUUCGUGCAGAUGCGCUAUCGCGCAAACCUGAGUAUAUGGAAGGAGAAGCACCUCCCAAGUUGCGAGAAAUGCUGAGAUCGGAUCAGUGGGGGUGUGCAGCCGUAGUAGUGGACGGCAGGGAAUUCCAGCGAUUGACAGUAACAGAUGAGUUUGCACAAAAGAAAAUGGAGGAACUGAGAAAAGGUAGAGGGGAAGAGGAAGGUUUCAAGGCAAAAGGUGGAUUGUUGUACAGGAGAGGGGUGCUGUAUGUACCUGCAGGUGAAUUAAGAGGUAAAGUGUUGAGGCAACAUCAUGAUAACCCGACUGCAGGACAUUUUGGUAGAGAAAAGACCCUGUAUCAGAUCACACGGCAGUUCUGGUGGCCAAAGUUGAGGGAGGAGGUAACGCAAUAUGUAAGAGGUUGUGAAGUAUGUCAACGAGCCAAGGCACCCAGAGCAGCUCCUGCAGGCUUGUUACAACCUAUGCCCACACCGGGAAGGCCUUGGGAUGUGGUGUCUAUGGAUUUUAUAACGGAUCUACCAUCAUCGCAUAGGCAUACAGUGAUAUUUGUGGUGGUUGACAUGCUAACCAAGAUGGCGCAUUUCAUACCAUGUGCCAAAAUUCCGACCGCGCAGGAAACUGCAAAGAUGUUUUUAGAUAAUAUUUUUAGGUUGCAUGGUAUGCCAUCACAAAUCGUUUCAGAUAGAGGGGCCCAAUUUACAUCACAAUUUUGGAGGAGGUUAAUGCAGUUACUAGAUGUGGAGCUAAGCUUCACGUCGGCGAGACACCCGCAAACCAAUGGGGAAGCUGAAAGAACGAAUGCAACACUACAACAAUAUCUGAGGUGUUAUGCUGGUUAUCAGCAGAGCGGGUGGUUAGAGAAGUUGAGUCUAGCAGAGUUUGCAUAUAAUAAUGCAAUGCAUGUGUCUACGGGCAGAGCCCCGUUUGUGGCAAACUAUGACUUGCACCCAAGGGCAUUCCCAGGUCAAGAGGAGCAGUUAGCAGUACCAGCAGCAGAACAAAUGAUAGAGGAGUUGAGGUGCAUUCAUGAGAUAUUGAAAGAGGAUUUGGAAGAAGCUAAAGAGGCUUACAAGAGAGCUGCAGACAGGCACCGGCGAGUUGGGGAAGAAAUCCAAGUAGGGAGCUGGGUAUGGCUGUCUACCAAGGGACUACCAAUACGAGGGAGGUGUAAAAAGCUAGAACCAAGGAGAUUGGGACCUUUCCAAGUAAAGGCUCAAAUUAACCCAGUUGCUUUCAAGCUUCAUUUACCUGAAAAUAUGAGAAUACACCCUGUAUUUCAUAGAUCUUUAUUGUCAGUGUUUGUACCAGCGCAUAAGUAUCAAAUUUCAAGGGGACCACCUCCUUUUCCCACCAUGAUGGGGGAAGAGGAGACCGAAGUGGAAGAGAUAUUAGACUCGAGAAUAAGUAGGAGGAUAUUACAGUAUUUGGUUGCAUGGAAAAGGUUAGAUGAGUCUGAGAACUCAUGGGAACCAGCAGAAAAAAUAAACGUUCCAGAAUUGCAGAGAGAAUUUCAUAGAAAAUAUCCCCACAAGCCAAAACCCCAUAACUGGCAUCUUCAAGAAAUUUUUGAAGAGACAGAUAGCGAGGAAGAAGAGUUCAUAGGGUUCGGUCCUUCAGAAACAGAGGAGGAAGGGGGGCUUAGGGGAGGGGGUGAUGUCAGGGAAGAGUUAGAAGUUUCCAGUUUAUCAGAGGGAGAAAGCAUUCGCCAAGGGGGGAAGGAGAGCAGUGAAUCUAACAGAAGAGAGCAAGAGGAACAACAGGGAGGGACCGGCUGUUCACAGGAAAGGCAAGGGUUCAGUUCUAGCUCAGAUUCGGAGGAGGGGAGAUACAGGCCAGCUCUAGCCAGGAGGUUAGGAAAAAGAGCAGGAAAGCGAAGGGAAGGGCGCCUUCGCCAUUUUUAGGGUGGCUGGUCACGGAGAAGCAGAGCUCAGAAGGUAUCUGAAAUAAGUGACUCUGAGGAAUAAUAGUUAAGAACUGUUUAUAAGAUUAUUUUGUUAAUACACAAUAAAAAGUUAUAAAAGAACAAGAAGCGUUUGUGUGGUGAUCUGAAGAGGACAACGACCAGUCCUGACACAUAACUUCUCAAUUUCUUUUUGUAAUAUAGGUUCACGGUGAUGCAUCUUUCUCUGGCCAAGGCAUUGUUCCUGAAACUUUUACACUUUCCGGCCUACCACAUUUUAGAAUAGGAGGAAGCAUUCAUCUCAUUGUUAACAAUCAGUUGGGCUACACCACUCCAGCAGAGCGAGGGAGGUCAUCUCUGUAUUGCAGUGAUAUUGGUAUGUAUCAUGGGAUUCUGUGGAGGCAGAAUGGUUAUAUGUUCUAAGGACUGAGAAGGUGAGUGUCUGUGACCAGCAACGGAGUGUAUGAUACUACCAUGUGGGGCGGCUGCAUGGGGCACACUCUGUGCCCCUGGGUCAUGCCCGUGGAGUGGAGCUGCGCUUGGGUGUGAGAAAGCUGCCUUGGCAGCAUCCUUGCGCAUCACCACCCAGCCGAGGAGAGGGGUGGCAAAUUUGCCACUGACUCUCCUCUCUCUGCCCCCAGGUCAGGCUUGACCCAGAAGUGGAGCUGCGGCUUGCAGGUUUGGGCCGUCACACAACAAAGCUUUCUUCGCAGCUUCCUUGCGCACCAGAGCCAGGCUCUGAUGGAGUGCCUGGUCGCACCCCCUCAAAAAAAUGUUCCUGAUGCCAUGGCCCCCCCAGCCCCACACUUUGCCACUGUCUGUGACCAGUUUUGAAAGUUAACAACAACAGCAACAAUAACAAUAAUUUACUUAUGCCCUGCCCAUUGGACUAGGUUGCCUCUUGAGUGGUUUCCAACAGAAUAUAAAAACACACAUGAAACUUCCUGAUAUGGGGCUGCCUUCAGGUGUCUAUGGAAGGUUGUAUAAUUGGUUAUUUCUUUGACAUCUGGCAGGAGGGUGUUCCACAGGGUGGUGCCACUACCAAGAUGGCCCUUUCUGGGACGGUAUUGCAGGGACAGUAGCGUCUACUUACUCUUAUCACUUCUGAGUUCUUUUCCAGAAGUGAGAGGAGUUGGAGAGACUGGACCUGUAUCUGAGAAUGCUUACGGGGGGCAUCACUGGUGAAUGUGAAACUGCAAAAAUAUAAAUGGACUGAUAUAUAUAAAGUGAUUUAAUUUAAUUAUAAUCCUGGCUGGUGGCCACAGUGCACCAGACAUGGUUUGUGACCAGCCAGGUGCUUGAGAAUCCCUUCUGCUUUCGCAUUCAUAGGCAACAAAAACAGGAGGUGCGUCCUGCCUCUCAUGAACUGUCACACAUUUCUGGUGAGCUGCAUUUACCUUAAGUUGGUCAUAUGUUGUAUGAGUCUGAAAUAUUCUUUCUCUCAUUCUUAGGCAAGAUCGUUGGUUGUGCAGUUAUCCAUGUAAAUGGAGAUGACCCUGAAGAAGUAAUCCGAGCCACUAGAUUAGCUGUUGAAUACCAGCGCCAUUUUCGUAAGGACGUGAUUGUGGAUUUGCUAUGCUACCGACAGUGGGGUCACAAUGAACUGGAUGAGCCAUUCUUCACUAACCCCACCAUGUACAAAAUUAUCAGGUACGGCUUAGUGCAGGGUCCAGGAACCUUUUUGGGGCUGAAGGCUGCAUUCCCCCAAUGGAAAGCUAUUUCAGCCACAUUCUAGUAAGGCAUUGGGCAAGGCCUACACACAAUCAGAUGCCCUUAAUCAGGGGUGCCAACUUGAAUAAAAUAUUGGUGGGGCCCAUGUCAUCCCUGCCCCACAUCAUUGAUCACAUGACGCAGUGCACAUGCACCAUUUGAAUGGUAAAGCGAGAUGAGCGCCGCAACCCCGGAGUCAUUCGCGACUGGACUUAACCGUCAGGGGUCCUUUGCCUUUACCUUUUUAAGUAACAUGAAGGUCUACAUCUCAGAGACAUUUUCUCCUCUGCUUUGAUCUUCUUGUAGCAGUCCUUCUUGCAGAGGUAGAAGCUACAUUUGCACACUGUGAAAAACUCUAAAUCCACUUUACUUCUCAACAGCUCCCCUCCAAACAGUUAAUAGGUGGAAAGGGACUCAGCAGGCCUGAUGAAAUCUAUAUGUGGGCCUUUCAAAAAUAUUUUUAAAAUAUUUAAAUAAAAUUCCUUCAGAAAUGUGUAAAGUACAACUGUUUAAAUAAGCAUGCUCUACCUGGUCACUUUUAUUUUGGAGAAAAAGCAGCUGUCGCGUCCCAGACUGGAUUGGGAGUCAUUACUGGUUUUCUGCAGCAAGUCACUCCUUUUGGGUUGCUUUUUGCCCAUUUGCUGUUUUCAGUGUAUGAAGAGAUGCACAAGAGGCACACAGGGAGAGGCAGAGGGAGAGGGAGAGCGCACUCCCUCAGGUUUACAGGAGUGACUGACAUUUACCCCAUGCUUCCAUUAAUAAGCAGGUAGCCACAUUCUGUACUAACUGGAGUUUCUGAACCAUUUUAAAAGGGCAGCAGAAUGUAGAGGACAUGACAGUAAUCCAAAUAAUAGGCAAUGCCAUACAUUUCAAUACUAUGUUUCCCCUCACAGGUCACGUAAGAGUAUUCCAGACACUUAUGCAGAGCGUCUGGUAGCCCAGGGACUAAUGACACAGGAAGAAGUGUCUGAAAUAAGGACUUCCUAUUACUCUAAACUGAACGAACAUCUUGCCAACAUGACUUUGUACAGCCCUCCACCCACCAAUCUUCAGGCUCAUUGGAGUAACAUGGUGGAGCCCUCGCCAAGGAUCACCACAUGGGAUACCGGCAUGCCAAUUCCACUCCUUCAGUUUGUUGGGGUCAAGUCUGUGGAGGUGCCAGCGGAAAUGCAGCUGCACAGCCAUAUUCUGAAGACACACGCCCAGGUGCAAAAAAUAAAAUAAAAUAUGAAGUUAAACUAACUGAAAGCACAUGCCUGCAAGCUGGUUCAGCUCUUUCCUUGUGCACAAACAACGCUUGAUGGCUUUAGGGAAGCCGACUAAUUAGUUUUUUAUAAUUACAUGCAUUUGCAUAUUGCAAAAAGCUCCUUUUUGUGACAUACUAACAACUAAAUAGUUUCCUGUAACAUUUGCUUAUAGGAAGGGAUUACUGAUUAGCUAAACAAAAGAUUGAACUGUUACCAGAUAAUAGAAAUGUCAAGGCUGCCUCAGGUCUCAGCUCACAAAAGACCAAUGCCAAUCUCUUCUUAUAUACAAAAGUGUUUAUUGGAGCUCAUUGUUAGCUUCACAUCCGAGGCGCGCAGCCCCACGUCUGUUACGCUUAGACCGUUGAAGUCCCCUCUGAGUCAGUCCCCCCCUGCACCAGUUUAAGAGGCUUGCUCUGCUCCACCUCUUUCUCUCUUUCCUUUUCCUCAGGGUCUUCCUGCCCGCUGGGGUUUCGCCCCUCCUGGAUUCCCCUGACGCGGAAUCCCCAGCUUGCUCUUCCCCCCUCCUGCGGGCUUUGGGACCUGGCCCCUCCUCCGGGCUCCCUGUACUUCCGCGCGCCUUCACAUUUGAACUUGCGCGCGCGCCCAACCUCUAACCUUCCUUUUGACAGCUACACUACUCCCUUCACUACUCCCUCCCCUUCCGGGAGGGUGGCUUGCUCCGACCUCCCUCCCUUCUCUGCUGCCGGAGUUGCUUCCCCGAUACACUGGAACCUCCACCCCCUUCGCUGCACUCUGGCGGGGAGGCUGGUCCUGACGCCCAGCUGCCACUUUGGGAUCCCCCGCUGGCCCCCUGCUCCGGGCUCCCCUGGCCUUGACCACCGGUGCCCCCUUCUGGGAAUCCUCUGAUUCGCUGGAAAGACUCAUGGAAUCUCUUGAGUCAUUGUCAUCCUCUUCCUCGCUGUCCUGGGAUUCAUCCCCAUCGCUCUCCAUCUCCUGCCUAUCCUGUGCCUCUGUCCCUGAACCCCUGACAAGAAAUAUAACUAUUGUACAGAAAGUUGCUUCUUUUGCAUACACAAAGUAGCCAAAGCAGAUAAACAUGUGAAGUAGAUAAUGCAACUGAAUCUCUUGAUGAUGUGUGAUCCAGAAACCAGACAGAAGCUAGGUAGACCUUCCAGAAGUUGAGGUAACAAGGCUGUAAUAUUUGAAUAUUUUUGUUUUGUACAGUCAAGAAUGCUGAAGAUGGAAGAAGGAGUAAAGUUGGACUGGGCCACAGCUGAAACGUUAGCUUUUGGUUCUCUGCUCUGUCAAGGUAUUUUAUGUUUUGAAAUAUAAUAGUUUUUCUAUUGUGACUUCUUAGCUACCUUGUGUUCCUUGGGAAGCAAGAGGGAUAUGAGUUUUUAAAAUAAGUAUCGUGUACAAAAACUGCCCUCAAAAGUAAUCAGUAGAAUGCAUCCAAAAGGAAUACUUAGAUACAAGUGCUAGAAUAAAUGGAUAAAGGGAUGUUUCAUCAAGAAGGGGAAACAAUUUGGUUUUGAGAUCUGAAUAAAAGCCAGCAUUGGUUUAAAGAGAAUUCCUGCAGGAUACUUGGUAUCUGUUGUUCUGUUGGUUACUGUGGUGCCUGGGCCCCGGGGUGGGGGGGGGGGCUUGAGCUUCCCUCGUGACACCGGCAUUGCUGCAGCUCACCAAGGCAGUGCAAGGGGGCAGCAAAGUCGGGGUGGCAUGGACGCACCAGGGGGAAGACCACAGCGGCUCUGCUGCAGUAUCCACACAGCCCUGCCCUGUCGGGAGGACACUGACCACUCCAGGUUGGGUAGCUGUACUUUUACUCCAUACUUUGCUUUAUACAAAGGUUUUAAUAUUCGCCUGAGCGGACAGGAUGUUGGCCGAGGGACAUUUAGCCAGAGACACACAAUGCUGGUUUGCCAAGAGACGGGUGAAACCUACAUCCCUUUGAAUCACAUGUCGCCAGAUCAGAAAGGUUUCCUUGAGGUAAAAGUUGCAUUUUUAACCGAGCAGCAUUUCAUUGAUAUCAUGAUCCUACUGUAAUCUGCUGUUUAUACUUCUGAAAAGCUGCUUCAUAGCUAAGUUUUUGAACAGAUGAAAACAAAGAUCCCCAGUUUUAAGCGUGCUAGCUUGCUGAGUUUCUCGCAGUGUCAUCAGAAGUCAGUGUCCUUGAGGUCAAUGGGACUUACUUCUGGGUAAAUGUGUAUGUUGCUACUUCCUAUGUCCACCCCUGCAUUAACCCUCUUUUAAAAAAUAACUGGUAGCCUCCUGCAGUAGUUAUGAUUAAAAAAGAAAAUGCUUUUUUGUGUGUGGCAUGCAUAUUUCUUGACGAACCACUAUUUAGCUUACGAGUUCUCACAUUCUUUCUCUGCUAGGUGAGCAACAGCCCCCUCUCAGAAGAAGCUGUGCUUGGCUUUGAGUAUGGAAUGAGCAUUGAGAGCCCCAAAUUGUUGCCCAUUUGGGAGGCUCAGUUUGGUGAUUUCUUUAAUGGAGCUCAGAUAAUAUUUGAUACAUUUAUCUCUGGAGGUGAGAUUCCAAUGCCAGUGCCAAACAGAAAUGCAUUUAGAUCUGUUUUUAUUAUUCUUGCUUACUCACACGUGCUUCCCCCUAAUAUCUCAUCACUUCAGACUUUAUUUUUUAUGUUGCUCCACAUUUAAUUAGGUUUCAUUUUUAUUUUAAUGCUUUGCUAGCCACCUUAAGUGAGCUUCUAAAAGACAAGGCUUAAAUUCUAUUUAAUUAAUAGUUUCAUUUGGGCCAUUCACAAUUCUAAAUACUCUACUAGGGAGUAAGUCUCAUGGAUCAGACUUAUUUCUGAGUAGACAUACAUAGGAUUGUGCCAUUGGCUGAUCACUCAGUGAUUGGCAGCUGAGUGUAUGAGCUGUUUUCAUGGAAAAGCAUUGGGUGUGCAGUGGUAUCGAGCGAUAAGAAAGCAGUUUCUGCUGUGUAUAGGCUUUGUGGUCAUUUCACACACGCAGAUAAUGCUAUAGCCCUCCGGUGUCAUGUACAGAUGUGUGAGCUCAGCCACAGUAGAGGUGACUUUCAGCUUGCAGCUUAAUGUGUUUCUUACGUCCAAGAGGAAGAUGUGUGAAACCUUUGGAAUUGCAAUAUUGUAGUGUUUCAGAAAUCUUUCUGAAGCAGCACACUUUGUUCUUGGGUUGCUAUGUAAACAAUAAGAGGAAAGUAUAAGUGAAUGUUCAUAAAAUCUGACUUCUGUAUCAAUUGAAGUUUAUCACAAAUGGUCUUUCCCGCAGCAAGAAGAGCAAUUAGAUACUAUAUUAGCUGAAGGAUGGGUAAGAUCACAACAUAGAAAGUGACCCAUUCUGAGUGAUGAGGAUCUUCUUGUGUGGACUGUGAUAAUGUAUAAUCCUGGCAUCUAAAAUGAAUCAGUCUUCCUUUCUCCACUCCAGGGGAAGCAAAGUGGCUUCUACAGAGUGGAAUAGUCGUUCUUCUCCCACAUGGGUAUGACGGUGCUGGACCGGAGCAUUCUUCUUGCCGAAUUGAACGUUUCUUGCAGGUAGCCAAACAUGACAUGUUCUACAAGCUCAUGCUUCCCAUGCUUUACAUGCAUAAGGUUCCGGGUUCAGUUUUUGGCAUCUCUAGUUUCAUGGAGGAUAAGGCUGUCAAUGGCUAUGAUUGUUGUUAUUUACUAAAUUUGUAUGCCCCCCUUCAUCUGUAGAUCGCAGGGCAGUUCACAACAUAAAAAUACAACAUAAAACAAAAAAAUACAUGAUGCAAACAAGAACAAGCACAAGCCAAUAACACUCCCUCUCCUCACCCAUGAUGGUUGUAUAUUAGCUCCAUGAUCAGAGGCACCUUACUUCUUAAUGUAAGCUACUAGGAAAUGAGAGCAGGGAAGGGAUCUUGCUAGUGGGCUGCUGCGGGAAACCGGGUCUUGGGCUGGAUAGCUGUUACUGUUCAUAUUCUGGGAAAGGUGAGGCUGACACUUCCAGCACUGUCUUAUACCACAUCAGGUAAUUUCCAGCUCAGCUAUGUUCAGACUUGGCCAGGAUGAGAGAAGUACUUUUUACAUGGCUAUAUUGUGAAAGAUUGUUCUAGAGAAUCUGUCCUGCUACGCACCAGUCAAUUGUAGAGAAGUUUGCAGACACAAAUUGCCAUUGCAAUUUAUAAAACUACAAGUGAGGAACUCAAACUAUAUCCUUGUUCUUCCUGUGUGCAGCAAUUAUUCUGUCUGUGGUGUUUCUUCCUGUUCUUGUAAGAUGUGUCUUUCUUUCCCCUGGUUGUUGCUAUAAAUAAAAAAUUGUCCAGUAGCACCUUAGAGACCAACUAAGUUUGUUCUGGAUAUAAGCUUUUGUGUGCAUGGACACUUACCCCUUACCUUUCCCGCCCCAACCUGGCCACAUUGAUCCAUGCGACAGUCAUCUCCAGGCUUGACUACUGUAAUUCGCUCUACGCGGGGCUGCCCUUGAAGCUGUCCCAGAAACUCCAGCAGGUGCAGAAUGCUGCAGCGAGGCUCCUCACAGGGUCUCUGCCAUGGGAGCAUAUUCACCCAGUGCUUUUCCAGCUGCACUGGCUCCUGGUGGAGUACAGGGUCAGAUUUAAGGUGCUGCUUUUGACCUUUAAAGCCCUUCACGGCCUCAGACCUACGAGACCACCUCUCCCGGUAUGCCCCACGGAGAGCCUCAAGGUCCAUAAAUAGCAACACCCUAGUGGUCCCGGGCCCUAAGGAAGUUAGAUUAGCUUCAACCAGAGCCAGGGCCUUUUCAAUUCUGGCUCCGGCCUGGUGGAACGCUCUGCCUCAUGAGACCAGGGCCCUGCAGGAUCUGAUUUCUUUCCGCACCGCCUGUAAGACAGAGUUGUUCUGCCUGGCCUUUGGCUUGGAGCCAAUUUGAUUCCCUCCCUCUCUUUCUUUUUUCUUUUCCUUCUCCUCCUGCGAUGAGGCUACAUUUUAAUAUUUUAAUGUCUCAAUAUUUUAAUGUUGUAUUUUAAUUUUGUUUUUAAGUUGUAAUCAUUCAGCUUGUUUUUAUUAUUGCUUGUAAGCCGCCCUGAGCCUGGCCUUGGCUGGGAAGGGUGGGGUAUAAAUAAAAAUUAUUAUUAUUAUUAUUAUUAUUAUUAUUAUUAUUCAGAUACUGGUUGUUGCUGUUAUCCAUCAUGCCUUGGGCAAAGCUGAUAUCCUAUUGUUGUUUCAGAAAUUUCUCCAUUGCUCUGUCCCUGUGCUCGUUGUUUUGCAACUUUAAAAACAGCAGCUGUACUUGUUUUUUUUAAUUUGUUUUGCAUUUUUUGUUCAUUUGUUUCACAGAUGUGUGAUAGCUCAGAGGAGGGUGUGGAUGGUGACCAUGUCAACAUGUGUGUUGUGCACCCAACAACCCCAGCACAGUAUUUCCACUUACUCCGUAGACAGAUGGUUCGAAACUUCCGGAAACCUUUGAUUGUUGCUUCUCCAAAAACUCUGCUCAGGUUGCCUGUGCGUAGAAAGAUUACUUGCUUUGCUUGCUACUCCUAAUUAUUCUAAAACAUCACUUGUUAGCACAGCCACAUACUGUCAAAAUUACAGUUUUUUCAUGUAGGUCCUGUAACUUCCUUUGUAGUUCCAAUAACAUAUGGGUGAAUGGACCUCUGGACGGGGGCAGCGGUGUGGUUAAUUCCCACCUGAAUGUUGCCAACCUGGGUGUGGGAGCUAACCAUGUUACUGGACCUACACAUGUGACCUCUUUGUAUGUAUACAGUGGUACCUCGGGUUAAGAACUUAAUUCGUUCCGGAGGCCCGUUCGUAACCUGAAACUGUUCUUAACCUGAGGUACCACUUUAGCUAAUGGGGCCUCCUGCUGCCGCCGCACGAUGUCUGUUCUCAUCCUCAAGCAAAGUUCUUUAACCCGAGGUACUAUUUAUGGGUUAGCGGAGUCUGUAACCUGAAGCGUCUGUAGCCUGAGGUACCACUGUAUUACCAAAAUGCCAUUGGAAAAAAACCAGGGAAGUAAAUCUGUGUUGCUCUGGAUUCAUCCUAUGCUGUAUUAGGCAUAAGAUGUUUGGAAGGGUCAUUUUUUUUAUUUGACUCUAUAUGUGUUUGUGUUUGUGUAAUUGUGUGUGUGUGUGCACGUGCACACACACAAACAUACCUACAUUAUUGAACAUAAUCUGUUAUUUAAAUGACCUUUCUAUGUGUUUAAUAUUUUACAUUUCAUCUAACUUCUAACACAUUCCUCAAAAUUUUUAAGUGAAAGAUCUAUCACUUCAGUGGGAUAUACUUGUCUUGCACUUUUGACUAUUCAUGGAUGUUUAUCAAGAAUCUUAGACAUCUUAAUGACCAAACAGUUUUAUUAGCUAGUAUUUCCAUACUUGUUCCUAAGUUGUCCCCAGCUAGUCAUAUAAAUCCAGUGCUUUUUUCUGGGGGGGAUGCGAGGCUAUGAAGACCCCUCAACAUUUUGUGACUCUUAAGUUUGGCCUCAUUGAGGGGCAGUAUUUCAAUAUGAGAAGGGAAAAAGAGUACCCCUAAACAUUUCUUUUAGAAAAAAACCACUGUAUAAAUCUAAUGGUUCUGAAAUUUGUCAUGCUUAGACACUUUACAGUUGCUGAGUGAAAUAUCUAGCUCUUCAAAUGUACUUGAUAUGCAUACAUUCAGCCCCCCCUUUCCUUUCUAUAGGCUGCUGCGUCAAGCUUAGUAGAAAUGGCCUCAGGAACAACGUUCAGACCAGUUAUUGGUGAUUCGACGGUGGAUCCUAAAAAGUAACUGGAACUGCGGUCUUGUAUUUAGUAUUCAGCAUUCCAAAUAGUAGCAGGCAGUAAAAUAGCACGAUAGCGCAUGAGGAAGUGAAAAAUUUAAGCAUGACUGAGACUCAUAGAUUUAGAAUGAAGAUUAAGGCUGCAAUCCUAUACCUGCUUACCUGGAAGUAAGCCCUGUUUAAUGCUGUCAGGAUCCAAUGGCUUGAGUAAAACAUGUUUCUCUGAUUUAACUAGUUGCUUUUGAUUACCGGUAUGUCCAUAAAAGACAGGAGUGGGGUGCUGGAUAUUCAGCCUUUUGCUUUGUGGGUGACUGGAUUACCAUCUGGAAGAUUGACAGGGGCCUGCCAUUGCCAUAUUGUGCUGGCAGGAUUGUGUAUAUCUGACAUGGUCCUAUGGGAUAGAUUGGAUUAACACAUGUACUGAUAACUGGAGACAGGUAGGGAUGUAGGGUGCAUGUACAAGUGGCAAUACACACCUAGUCCCUGUUUGCCUGUGCUGAGUCUCCUGCUCCCUUUGUGCUCAGGCCCCUGGGAUGUCUUGUUCCCUGUAAAGUCAUAGGUUUCGGUUGUACGUGCCUAUAGUGUAAAAGCAGAAUCAUUAUCUUCGUAUUAUUUCCUAGAUUUAUAUCCUGCCCUUCUUUCAAGGCAGAACAAGAGCAAUGUUUUAAACCUAAAAAAAACCCAAACACCUCUGUGGGGGGAGUGCCCAAAGUCACCCAGUGAGUAGUAUGGAUGACCAGGAGUUUGAAGCUGGGUCCAUGCAUAGCCCACUAGUGAGCAGCCUGUUUUAUGCAGCCUUAACAUUUUUUAUGCUGCACUCAAGGUCUGAAACUUCCUCAUUCUUCUCUUCCAUCAUCUCCUUAUUUUUCAGAAUUUAAAGUGUUUCUCCCCUCUUUCUAUGUAGCUUCUGAAUAGCUGGAUAUCUUGUGAAAAUAAACUGACUUUUAAAAAAUGUUUUCCUUUUCCUUAAGAAAAGAAGCCCCACUCCCAGCUGUCUGAGACAAAUUGGCAGGCUUCUCCCAUAUUCUGUGUCUGUAAAUGCUUCUCUUUCCCCUGCUUGAAGUAUAUAUUUUAAGCACCCACUCUAUUAUUCUGAUUGCAAAUUGUUUUAACUAAUUUUAAUACUGUAUUCUUAACAUGACAUGUAACCUGCCCUGGGACCUUAUAGUGAAGGGUGGGUGAGAAAUCUAGUAUCUAAAAACAAUAUUGUAGUAUACUAAAAUAAAGUAGGAAUUACUUUCACUUGCUUUUCAGAACCAUAGGUGUAUUGGUCUUUUUAUUAUUUUAUAUUAUUUUAAAUCCCAUUCUUACGGUACUUAUUUGAGUAAAACCUCAUCAAACUCAGUGGAGCUUACCGUACUUCUGAUUAGACCUGCAUACGGCUGGGAAUUCUAAUCUGAGGUAGCCAUGGUGAAAAUUGGAGUAGGGCAGUCUUUAUUCCAGAGUAGUUAAUCCAGAACGCGUUUAUCUUUGGCUCAGCCUAGUCUCUGUUCUUGUUCCAACCAUUACUGACAUGCAGUUCCUGAAAUAUUACUCCUGAGAGUUUACAGCUCUCUAAAGAAAACAGGUUGCCCAUCUCUGCUUUAACCACUACACUGGCUCUCUUUUAAGUUAAUCAGACAUCAACAUCUGGGUGUGUGAAUGGAAUAGAUGCAUAGUCUUUUUAGGAAUUGUGUUUCCUGAGCACUUAAAUCUUCUUAAUGUAUUAAAUUCAUUGUCUUUGGAUCCUUUAAAUUAUUCCAACCUUUCUUCUGUGCAGUGUGAGCAGAGUAAUUCUCUGUUCUGGAAAACAUUACUAUUCUCUGUCAAAACACCGGGAGAUGCUUGAAGAAAAGAAGCAAAAUACAGCAAUUAUCAGAUUAGAAGAACUGUGUCCUUUUCCGAUAGAAGCUCUUCAGCAACAGAUGAAAAAAUUUACUAAUGCAAAAGGUUGGUGGGCUCGUGACUCUUCAAAAGGACUUGGCCAAAACCUGUUCACUUAGCUGCUUUAGACUAAUGUGCUGCAGUCCUUUGAGAACAGGGGCUCUAAAGCUUAAUAAUAAGAGUGUGGCCAACAUUGACUGAACAUAUAAAGACCUUCCCAUCUGGCCCACCAGGCUGUUUUCCCAAAGCCACACCCACUUGUGUAACGUCAGGUGUGGGGAAGGUAGAAGCUGAUGCAGGGGGAGUUCAAUCCUGCUCAGCUUGGUUGUGCCAUCCAGUUUCCAUGUGGUGUCCAAAUCCUGCUUGGACAGUAUGUCACACCCCCAAACACACACACAAUUGAGGGCCAAUUAUGGCAGUUUGGCAAGACAACCCACCUGUCAAUCAACUAUUAUCAAUAUGACAUCAGAUGAUUGAGAUGUGGGUGGUCCUGCCAACUUGUCGACGUUGGUCCUCAGGGGAGCGGGAGAUAAAGAUCUGGCCCACCAGGCCUAAAAGGGUUUUAUUUAUUUAUUAUAUUUACAUAUAACCUUUAUCUUCCCAGAACCACAAAUGGUUGCACAUGGUUCUCUUCCUCCCCAUUUCAUCUCACAGCAGCCCUGUGAGGUAGGUUAGGCUAAGAGAUGGCGACUGGCCCAAGGUCACCCAGGAAGCUUCAUGGCUGAGUGGGAAUUCAAACUCUGCUCUCCCAGGUCCAGCACUCUAAAACCAUGAUGCCACACUGGUUCCUCUCCCCUGAUAUAUAAGCAGAGGAGAGCCUAUGGAUUAGCCAGAAUUCAUAGGACAAACCAAUACCUAUUGUUGCCUCUUAUUUUUUACUCAGAAUUUAUAUGGAGUCAAGAGGAGCCACAGAAUAUGGGGCCCUGGGCGUUUGUGUCACCAAGAUUUGAGAAGCAACUGGCCUGUAAGGUAAGAUUCCAGUAUUCUGUGACAUUGGGGUAAGUUACCCAUUAGCUGAGCCUUAAAUGCCUCAAAUCAGUUUUUGCCAUUCUUGCUACCACAAUGGACUGAAGACUAAGCAGGUUUGUAUUUGCUUAGACCAUGGGGGUCCACUAAUAGGGCUCCCCAGCUGGUCUCCAUGGCCAGGCUGAAGCAGGCAGGGUAAGGUGCUCCUUAAGGUAUGGUUACCAGAUGUCCCCGUUUCCCGGGGACAUUCCCCGGAUUUACAAAUCUGUCCCCGGACAAAGUCCGUCCCUGGAAUGUCUCCGGAUUUCAUUUAAUGUCCCCGGAUUUAUAUUUUAAGUGUUGUAGAUUUAUUAGUAGGGAAUGAAUGUUGCGUGAUUGGUUCAACAGCACACAACACAUCAUCUGGGGACUUUUGGUGAGGCAAAAUGGCGGGCGCCACGGCAGCGAGCAGCUCCUGAAGCCAGCCAGAGUCAACUGUGCUACCAGGCUGGCUCUGGGCUGCUGAGACUGCCGCUGCCGACGCUACUGCCAAGGGGGAACCGGGGAUGCCUGGCGCGUCAACUGGGGGAACCGCUGACCCCCUCCCCCACGACCUAAAUCAAGCCGGGAGCGAGAGCGCCUGGCCACCCAGCCGACUGCCCAGCGGCGCUCCAGAGCCAGGAAAGCCCUGGAGUUGAUGCAGGGAGAAGGAGGAGAGGAGAAGGAGAAGGAAGAGAGAGAAAGAGGAAGGAGAAAAAAGAGGGGAGCCCCGACCUUGCUGCGCCACUGCCACUGCCACCAUUGAGGGGGAGGAAAAAGUGUCUCCGGAUUCUUUGAAAAAAAAUUGGUAACCUUACCUUAAGGCAACCUGGUCCUGAAUUGUUCAUGGCUUUGUAUACAAGAACUUCGAAGCUGGAGUUAUGCAUAUCAGUUUGAGUUCCAUGAUAGGCAGAACAUAAAUGUUAUAAUAGUAAUGGAUUUCUACUGAUUGAUAACAUUGUAUUCUAGCAGUACCUAUAGGCAAUGCUAGAACUUUUUAAUGUUGCACACCACCCUGGGAGCUUUUGAUAUAUGGCAGUAUAUAAGUUGAAUAAACAACAACAACUUGGAUUUCAGUGGAAUUAAAACUGAAAUCCUCUCUCUACUUUUUUAGGAACAAAACCCAAUGAACACAGUGAGACAAUUACAGGCCUGUAAAACACACCCAAUACAUAUUCUUGCAAAAUGUGGGAGACUUUUGAUCAAUUUCUGAUCUUUUAAAGGAGCUUUGGUUCUAAACCACAUAGGAGCAUCCCACUUGUCUGUUUUGCCUGUGGCUGGCUUGAGGAGCUAGGUGUGCCGUUCUAAGGGGGUCUUAUAAUGUUGGCUUCCUGAGAUGUAUGCUGAAGCCAAGACAGAGCCAUAGAAGAGAAAAUAAAAAAGGGUGCAUACCGGUUAUGUAGUCCAGGUUUAUCUUUCACAAUAAUAUUGUUUGCAGAAUAAUGGUGAAGACUGCAGUCGUGCACAUAGUUUGGCUUGGACUCCUAGUCCAAGUACAUCUACUAGGGAGUUGUUGUUGCUUUUGGCAUCCGUCUGUCUCAAGAGACAAUGGAGUGCGCCUUUGGUUGCUCCAUUUGAGUCAGGUAGCCUGUGUGCAAGAUUGCAGCCCAGUUUAUUAAUUUAAUAACUGUUUAAUUUGGACAGAUAAUAAGUAGUUUGUAAUGCUGCCUUUCCAACUUAAUUGCAGCUCCAUCUUGUAAGUAGACCUGCGUUACCAGCACCUGCAGUGGGCAUUGGAAUGUUACACCAAAAACAGCAGGAAGACCUUCUCACCAAAACAUUUGCUUGA